UCUUCUCAGAGUUACAACGAAUCACCACACUCUCCUUUUCGAUUUCAUUCUCCGUUAUCAGAGGGUUAGGUUUUAUUUGAGAGAUCCUACUGUGCCAAGGUUUCAUUCUCGAUGUCAACUAUUUCCUUCUUCUUCCUUUGCUCUUAGGGUUAGGUUUUUUUCUUCUCCAUAUCCUUCAAUCAAUGUGAAAAAAGCUCUCCUUUUUGGCAGUUUCCGAUGUUUGGUCGCCAUUCUCAAUCGGUGAUUAUCCCCAAUAACCAGAUUGGUACCGCCUCUGUUUCCGCUGGUGAAGACCAUGUCUCUGCCUCCGCAACGUCUGGUCACAUUCCUUACGACGAUAUGGACGAAAUCCCUCAUCCUGACUCCAUUUAUGGUGCUGCCUCCGAUUUGAUUCCCGAUGGCUCUCAAUUGGUUGCUCACCGAUCCGAUGGCUCUGAAUUACUUGUUUCUCGGCCACCGGAAGGGGCUAAUCAGCUCACGAUCUCGUUCCGUGGACAAGUGGAUGAUGUGUUGUCGUUGUUGGGUGGUUCUACUGAGCUUGCUCCUGGUCCGCAUGUGAUGGAACUAGCUCAGCAGAAUCAUAUGCCUGUUGUAGAAUACCAGAACCGCUGUAACCUUCCGCAACGGGCACAAUCCUUGGAUAGGUUUCGAAAGAAGAGGAAUUCUAGAUGUUUCGAGAAGAAAGUAAGAUACGGUGUUCGCCAAGAAGUGGCCUUAAGGUCAGUGUAUCAUCAGUCUUGAGUUUUACCAACUUAUGCCAAAAGCUGUUACAAUCCCAAAUUAGUUAGUAUUGAGCUAGCUUUUGUUAAGUUGGAUCUUAACAAAAUACAUGAGUAGUUAGUUUUAAAUGUCACAUUUGAAGAGGCUGGACAUAUUUCUUCCACAUUUCCUGGGAUCAAAAACAUUGUAAUCUUAUAUAGCUCCUUUUGGUGUUGAGAGAUCCUACUGUGCCAAGGUUUGUGUUGUGGAAUGGGAAACUGAUAUGUUGCCAUCUCUUUUGCUUCGUUAAUGGAUGCAUAAAUUGAUUGAAGAGAU